AUGAAGAUAGCGGAGUAUAUUAGUAAAAGGUUCUUUCAGAUCUACUAUGCUUUCUUUUCAUUCAUCAUGUCAUUCUUACUGUCGAAAACUAGCAUCAAUGGUGUAUUGAAUCGCGGAGGAAUGUUUCUAUUUUCGCCUCAUCAACUACAAGGAUUCCUGAAUAUAUCAUCUGAUUGGAACCCUGACGAUAAGCAGUUGCUCGACCUUGGUGCUGGUGAUGGUGGAAUAACGAAGAAACUUGCUAUGUUCUAUUCAAAUGUCUACGUAACCGAAAUGUCGCAGGCACGAGCUUCAGGCUUCCAUAUUGAAAAUGUGGAGGAGUGGAGUUCGUCCUCACGCCGAUACGAUCUGAUAUCGGCUCUCAACCUUCUCGACAGACACUACAACCCACGAAAAUUGCUACGUGAUCUCCAUUCGCUGGCCCUUCGAUCGAACUGUUUAGUUUUAAUAGCAGUAGUUCUGCCCAUACACCAAUAUGUUGAGUUUCAUCCUUCACGCAGAACUACGGAAGCCGACGAGAGACUGGCUGUUGAGGGACGUACCAUCGAAGAGCAAGCCUCAUUCUUAGUUGAUAGGGAGUUUUUGCCCGCAGGUUUUGAGCUUGUACGAUGGACAAAACUUCCAUAUCUUUGUGAAGGAGACUAUUACAAGCCUUUUUACGUCUUAAAUGACGUCGUCUUCUUGGUGCGACCCAUCCCUGGUGAAGGUGUGCGAGAAUACCGAAGCUCUGGUGAUUCUACACAUUCGCAUAAUGAGUUGUAG